CAGGCUGGCGUGUUUAACUUUAGAUCUCAGUAAUAAUUACGCGAGGUAAUUACCGGUGAUUAUUCUUUAAUGGAAGGAAACGCACCUCAUUAAACCGGUGCGGUCAGAAUAAACGGUUUAAUAAUAAAACACAGCGAAACCCGAGAUCUGUAAUAUCAGACAUAUCAGUAUCACCACACUGACUGAAGUCAUGUCAUAUUAUAUGGCCAUUGUGCGUGCGCAUUGUGCGAGCGAGCGAGCGAGAAAGAGAGAGAGAUAAUUAAUACAUCCAGUUUAUAAUAUUUAUUACUUCACGAUCAAAACCUACGAAAUGAGAAAAUCGCUUUUUUCCCCAUAAAACGAUAGCUUGAUGUAGCAGCCCCUUGGAGCGCGUUCUAAUGUGGUCUGGAUGCGGUCUUGAAGGGGGCGCGGGGGUCGAAGUGUUGCGAAACCGGGGCGCGCACAGAAUACAAGCGCGCCGCGGCAGCGACAGGAGUCUGGCUACAGGCUGCAGAGUGUGUGUGAGUGAGAGCAUCUAUAGAUCUGACCCGGAGGAGAGUGUGUGUGUAGCUUGUGUGGGAGACAGAAGGGAGAGCGGAAUGCACGUGCACAACUUUGGAUAACUCACCCGGCAGGACAGAAACACCUCUCUCGCUCCAUCUCUUCUAUCAUCUAUCUCUCUCCUUGCUAACGGAUUCAAGCGGCGUGAUAGACUACUGCUCUGGCUGCGGGGAAGGUGUUAAUGUGUGCUUAUAGGAUGUGCACGUUCGGUGGGAUGUUGUGUCGCGUGGUGUCGGUGCUGUGGCUGGUCCUUUCGGUGGUCUCGGGGUUCAACCUGCAUGCGGAGCGCCCGGCCGUGUACCGAGGACCAGAGGGGAGCUACUUUGGUUACUCCGUGGACUUCUACCGACCGACCCCCGAAAGCAGCACGUUGAGUGUGUUGGUGGGAGCGCCCAAGGCCAACACAUCCCAGCCAGGCAUCAUAGAGGGAGGAGCUGUCUACUACUGUCCCUAUCCCCCAAACCCCGACUCCACCAAGCAACCCUACAGCUGCACACAGAUACCCUUCGACAACGCCAAUAACAGGAUGAUUAAGGUUAAUGGCACCAGGGAGCCUCUGGAGUUCAAGUCUCACCAGUGGUUUGGAGCCUCAGUUAGAACUCACAAAGGAAAAGUGGUGGCCUGUGCUCCUCUCUACCACUGGCGUACUGUGAAGGUGAACAGUGAGAAGGACCCGGUAGGAACCUGCUAUGUUGCCGUGCAGAACUUCAGCGCCUACGCAGAAUACUCACCCUGUAGGACCAAUGAUCCAGACCCGGAGGGACAGGGUUUCUGCCAGGCCGGGUUCAGUGUGGACUUCACCAAGGAGGGGACACUGGUGGUGGGCGGACCUGGAAGCUUCUACUGGCAAGGUCAGGUGAUGACUGCAGGCGUAGCAGAGAUAUUGAAUGGUUACUCUCUGAAAGCCGUGCUCAGGAGAGUCCAUGGAGAGAAACAGACCCACGCUGCAGCUGAUACCCAUGACGACAGCUACCUAGGUUACUCUGUGGCAGUGGGGGAAUUCACAGGAGACUCAGAGCAAGAGCUGAUAGCUGGGGUUCCGAGAGGGGCACAGAACUUUGGAUAUGUAGCUGUGAUUAACUCCACUAAUCUGACAUUCAUCAUGAACUUCACAGGAGAGCAGAUGGCUUCCUACUUUGGCUAUUCUGUGGCUGUUACUGACCUCAAUGGAGACGGGUAUGAUGAUGUACUGGUAGGAGCCCCUCUCUACAUGGAGAGAGAGAGGGAGAGUAAGCCCAAGGAGGUGGGCCGUGUCUACCUGUACCUCCAGCACUCCCCGCUCACCUUCUCCGAGCCCCUUCUUCUGACGGGAACACACACCUUUGGACGCUUUGGCACUGCCAUCGCCCCGCUAGGAGACCUCAACCAGGACGGAUACAAUGACGUGGCAGUGGGUUGUCCGUUUGGAGGGGAGGACCGGAGUGGCCUGGUGUUGAUCUACAAUGGCCAGAGAGACCUGACGGCCCGCGGCCUAACCCUCAGCCAGGAGCUCUAUGGAGCCUGGGACUCCAGUAGUGGCCUCUCCGGCUACGGCUUCACACUGAGGGGGGACAGAGACCUGGACAACAACCAUUACCCUGAUCUGAUAGUGGGAGCAUUUGGUAAAGGGGAGGUGUCGGUGUACAGGGCUCGUCCUGUAGUGUCAGUGGAGGCUGAGAUGAUCCUGACUCCUAGAAUCCUGAACCCUGACGACCGAUCCUGCCUCCUGACAGAAUCUGAUACCAUGGUAACCUGUCUCAGGGUAGAUAUUUGUGCGAAGGUGAGCGGUGUGGGGAUCCCAGACUCUGUAGUCUUGAAUGCAGAGCUGCAACUGGAUUGGCUGAAAGGUGUGAGGGGCGGAGUAAAAAGAGUUCAUUUCCUGGAUUCCCAUCAGCCCCAGCACACAGGGGUCCUAACUCUUGGCCACAGCCGUCCACACUCCUGCCUGAACUACACGGUCUACCUACGAGGGGAGGAUGAAUUUAGGGAUAAAUUGACUCCCAUCUCAUUGGCUCUGAACUACAGUUUAGCCCCUCCUUCCAACCUGGACCUCCCCCCUGUCCUCAACCGCUACAGCAGUACCUUCCUGCAGGAACAGGCGUAUAUUCUGCUGGACUGUGGGGAAGACAACAAGUGUAUUCCAGACCUCCAGCUGUCUGCAAGCAUGGACCGUACAGAGCUGGUGAUCGGGGAUGACAACCUGGUCAUGUUGACCAUAAACGCGGUUAACAAAGGAGAGGGGGCAUAUGAGACAGAGCUACACACACUCCUACCCCCUGAGGCUGAUUACAUAGGAGUGGAACGCAGGAUAGAGUCUCUAUCCAGGUUGAACUGUGAGUACAGAAUGGUGAAUGACUCCAGACUGGUGGUGUGUGACCUGGGGAACCCUAUGGUUGCUGGAACAGAAGUAUCUGUAGGUUUAAGGUUUGCUGUCCAAAGGCUGGAUGAUGCCGGUCCUCACAUUGACUUUGACCUACAGAUCCACAGUUCAAACAAAGACAACUCCAAGAGCAACCCAGUCAGUCUGUCUCUCUCCAUCUCUGCCAGAGCUCAGCUAGACCUGAGGGGGGUGUGUCAUCCCUCUCAGGUGGUUCUUCCGUUUCCUCACUGGGAGCCCAAAGAGAAGCCGGUCAAAGAGGAUGACGUAGGACCCCAGGUCACACACAUCUACGAGCUCCAUAACUCAGGUCCCAGCAGUAUUCGGGAGGCGGAGCUCCAGGUGGGCUGGCCCUCUCGUUUCCGUGACGAACACCUGCUCUACGCUAUGGAGGUUCUAACGGAAGGACCAAUCAGCUGCCGGAGCAACACCAGCCUCAACCUCCUGGGCCUACAGAUGUCCUCUGUCCAGGACACUCCAGAAUUGUUGGGCUUUCUGAGAAACAGUAGCUCUCCUCACCGCUACAGACGAGCCACCAGCGCUGCCCAGCCCUACAGCAGCAAGACCCUGAACUGCAGUAACAUCAUUUGUCUAAGAGUUCUGUGUGUGGUCGGGCGGUUGGACCGUGGUCAGAGCGCUGUAGUCAAGAUCCGCUCCCGACUCUGGGCUCACACCUUCCUCCAGAGACGUAACGACCCAUACCUCCUCAACUCCACCGUGUCCUUCAGAGUGACGGCCCUGCCCUAUCGCCUCCAGCCCGCCUCCUUACCCCAACACACCACUUCAAUGGGUACACUGGUGCUGUGGGGGACUCCUGAUGUGGCGUUUGCUGUUCCUCUGUGGGUCAUCAUCCUGGCCAUCCUACUGGGACUGCUGGUCCUGGCCAUGCUAACACUGGCCAUGUGGAAGUGUGGGUUCUUUGACCGAGCACGGCUGCCAGCGGAUGACGUGUCAGAUCGUGAGCAGCUGACCUCUGACCAAUUAGCAGACGCCUAAGAGCACCCACUCGCGCCAUGGAGACCAGUUCUUGAUUCAAGGAAGCUGUUUGGGAGGAGUUCCACUUCAAGUGAAAUUAAACUGAAAUGAGAUCUGCAGGCAGACUGCACUCACAGAUCAAAGGUUCUUUACCCCUUUUAAAGCUGAUCUGUCAUCAGUGAUUGGACUGCAAGCUCACAGGCCAAAGGCUGAAGUGCCAUUAAGACUUGUAUUCAAACAUCACCAGAGAGACUGGGAACAACCCACACAGAUGGAACUGCACACAUAAACACUAUUUAAGCAAACACAACCACUUGGAUGUAUAGAAGGCCUCAAGACAAUCUUGGACAGUAGAAUGGACUCUGGUCCUAACCCUGCUUGUAGUUGAAUAUGUUUCUAUGCACCGCUUGCCUCUGUGGGUUAGACUACUUGGGGAUCUGUAUGGUUGGAUAAUUCAGUUGGAGUUAACCAGUCUGGCUAACUUCAAAUGGAGUUACCAUCUGAUGUCAGUGACUUUGUGUCUGCCUGCUUUCACUGUUAAAUGCAUUCCACCAUUGAUCAAAUGCACACACACACACAAAUACACGCUCGCUCGCGCGCGCGCACACACACACACAUAUAGGGGGCUGUAUAUAUCUAUGGAUGGUGUAUGUGCAAUAUUGGGACAUUCUGUGUGAUACUGAAGCUUGUUUACACUGGUAUUAUUUUAUUAGAACUUGGUGUUCAAAUUCUUUGUGUAUAUUGUUUAGUUAGUAUACUAUUGUCUAUGUGAGUGUUUUUGUUGGCAUAUUAGUAUAUACAGUGCCUUCAGGAAGUAUUCAGACCCCUUUACUUAAAAAAAAUAUAUAUUGUGUUACAGCCUUAUUCUAAAAUGGAUUAGAUCAUUAUUUUCCCUCAUCAAGCUACACACAAUACCCCAUAAUGACAAAGCAAAAACAGGUUUUUAGACAUUUUUGUACAUUUCUUAAAAAUAAAAAACUGAGCAAUUACAUUUACGUAAGUAUAUGUAAUAAGUAUUCCGACCCUUAACUCAGUCUGAGGUCCUAAGCGCCCUGAAGCAGGUUUUCAUCAAGGAUCUCUCUGCACUUUGCUCUGUUCAUCUUUCCCUCGAUCGCUGCCAAAGGUGCUUCGACAAAGUACUGAGUACAGAGUAAAGGGUCUGAAUACUUAUGGAAAUGUCAUAUUUCCAAAAAUCUUUGCAAAAAUGACCAAAUCUGUUUUUGCUUUGUCAUCAUGGGGUAUUGUGUGUAGAUUGAUGAGGGGGGAAACAAUUGAAGAUAUUUUUGAAUAAGGCUGUGACAUAACUAAAUGUGGAAAUAGUCAAGGGGUCUGAAUACCUUCCGAAGGCACUGUAAGUAUUGAAAGAGAGAAGUGUUUAUAAUGGGUCCAACUGUUUAGAAAAGAGAACGUGGGACUGGGCUAAAUACAAAAGGAACUACAUUAACAUUAGCAUCCAAUGUGAGAGGUUUAGGACUAGAUUCAAUCAAACCAAUUGUUAAUAGGCGCUAGCUGACACCCCAUAACUAGCCGACAAACCCAGAAUGAUUCCAAACACAUUUAAAAAGAAAGGGAAAGUCAUUGAGUUACAUCUCAGAAAACACAACACUAAAGUAUACAACAUAAUAUUACUUCAGUACAAAGCAAAAAUGUAAUAGCCUAACAGUUUCAAGUGAUUAGGUGAUCUUCUAGGUCUAUGUAGCAGUAACCUCAAGGGCUGGCGGGGAGGCCAAGAGUACUAAUUUUAUAGGCCUAUGUAGCAGUAACCUCGAGGGCUGGCGGGGAGGCCAAGAGUACUAAUUUUAUAGGCCUAUGUAGCAGUAACCUUAAGGGCUGGAGGUGGGGCCAAGAAUACUGAUCUUGAGGAAGGUGAUGCUAUAGGCCUAUGUAGCAGUAACCUUAAGGGCUGGAGGUGGGGCCAAGAAUACUAAUCUGGAGGAAGGUGAUGCUAUAGGCCUAUGUAGCAGUAACCUUAAGGGCUGGAGGUGGGGACAAGAAUACUAAUAGGAUAUCAUUAGGUCCCAGCUGGAAUAAAAUUAGUUGGUUGAAUCUUGAAAGGUCUACUUAAUUUUGUCUAAUUUUAGGAAAAUGAGUUGGGCCAAAGAGAGGCUGAGGGAGGGUUGAUAGAUUUCCAAUCCAAUAGAAUCCUUCUGUGUGCCAACAGGGAGGCAAUGGCAUCUAGCAGUCUAUUGGUCAGGGAAGGAUUGUUGUUUGGUAAAAAUAGCCAUUUCUGCACUAGGCUGCCACUCUAUAUCAAAUGCUUCAGAAAGUGUUUUAAAUAUAGUGAACCAGUAGUCUGCCAGACAGGGACAAAACCAGAUUAUGUGAGUCAAGUGUGCCAAAGAGCUUUUACACCUGUCACAUGUACCAUCAAUAUUUGGGUUGAAUUUGGAGAGCCUGGCCUUACUGAAAUGGAUACAGUGAAGUAUAAAGCUGAGCCGGGCACAAGAGGAGCUUCCAUUUACCCUAAGCAAGGCACUAUUCCAGACUUCGUUCGAGGUCUCUCAACCAAGUUCCUUUUCCUGCUCAGAUCUAAUUUUAUUAAGUGAUGGGUUAUCAAAGGACAUGAUUAUCUCAAAAAUACCUACAUUUGGAAAUACCUAAAUACACUUGAAUGGGGUAGAUUGCCAAUGUUGAUGACCUCGCUAUCAAAUGUAAAGGUGCCAUCAAUAUAAAGGCCAUUAAACUUAGUAAGGCCAUUCCUCUGCCACAGACUUCAAGCUGAAUCCAGUUUGGCUGGUUUGGCUGAAAGGAAGAGGUGAUUAUUACAUAUAGGAACUUAGAGAAUUCACAGAAUUUAAAGUGUUGACGGAAUUAAGGCCAAAUUUUAAGAAUAUUGACAACAAUUGGAUUGGAUGUGUAGCGCGAAGCUGAAAUAGUAAGAUUGGAGGUGACUAAAGCUGACAAAGAAGAAGAGAAAUAGGAGUUGACUUCUGUUUGACACAAGUCAGUUUCUGGGGUGCGAAGCCAGUAAACAAUAUUUUGUAUAUUCGAUGCCCAGCAAUAAUGCAUAAGGUUAGGAAGGACUUGUGUGUUCUAUCUCUCUGGAGGAAUGCUUUAUGUAUUAUUGGACUCCCACCGCUCCCCCCAAAAAGAUAUAAACUUAUCCACUAAAGUGAAAAAAGGCUUGGGUAGAAAAAUGGCUGAUGUUUUGGCAGUGUCGGAGGUGUAGCUGCAUUAGAGCAGUCAAAUCGGUGAGCAGCUGCUCUUGAUCACUGUCAUGAAGCCACACCGUCCCACUGGCGUUAGAAGUUCAGAAUAAGAAAGUGUAGGCUAUAUAGAAAUGACGCUCUAAUUGAAAAUCAUUAAACUAAAUCAUGAUGAUUUCUAUCAGCCUAAUCGAGGUGAAGAUUACAUCUCACAUUCUAGUGUUCGAACUUGUAAACAAGGCUACAUGGGAUUUCUCUUAAUGCGACGCUGUGCAGCCAAUGGCAAUGUCCGAUGGAGGUAUAAUGCCAGGAGCCCUUGUGGAUUUGACAGCUCUAACGCAGUUCACCUCCGACACCGCCAAAACAACCUCUAUGCAGAUGUCGGCUAAAGUGGAUCUGAUGGAAUAGAGCAAUAAGAGAGUAAGGUUCAAACUUAAUUUCAAUUUACUUCACUUCUAAUAAUUCAGAGUAUGUAAUAUGAAGGAUUCUCAUUACAAAUUUGAUUUGUGUUUUAUACGGAAGAAUACUGAAAGAUCAUUGAAAUAAAGUGUCCUUAAUUGCCAAGUA